UACAUUUUCAGAUCAUAAUUCACACUAAUUAACUAUGAAGUACUUUUUUAUACUUUUAGCAGAUUUUAUGAUUCUUGUCAAUUCUGAAUUACAAGAUGUCAAGUUCCGCCCAAAUUUGCCACUAGGAGAAUAUCGAUUACAUUUCAACUCUAUUCAACGGUGUAAUCAGAAAUGCGCUAUUCAGUUUAAUUUUUAUUUAUUCAAGACAUCUAGAACUAAAGUUGAACUAAGAGGAAAUAUGACGUCUGCAAAUAAGGCAUUUGAUGAUAGUUUAUGGUUUAAUGGUGCUAUGUCAGUAAAAGAUAAAAUUGGUACAUGGCAAAAUAAUGCGUACGUUUAUAAAUCACCCCAUGCUUACAAAACUUUAAAAAAAAUUCUUGGAGGUGAAUUUAAAUUUUUUUCAAAUAGCUUUGGACUCAAUGACACAGAACAAAAUUCAUUUCCACCGGGAACAUAUGUCACCAAAGGUUAUGAUUUAUCGAACUAUCCAUCAAAUACAAAUUUGCCAAAACAAAUUUUUUAUGGAACUUACAAAUUUAAUAUUAAUUAUACGGAAAAAAAUGGCGAUGUAGUUGCAUGUUUUAUGGUUUUCAUUGAUGUAAAACGUCUAUGGGAAUCGGAAUCGGAAUGA